GACGGGGACGGCGGCGGCCCGGUUGGCGGCGGCGGCGGCGCGGAGCCUGAGCGGGGCAUGAGGCGGCCGCGGCGGCCCAGCGGCGGCGCCGUGUAGCGGAGACGAGCGGCGGCCCGCGUCCCGGCUCCCCUCGGCGGCGGCGGCGGCGGCGGCGGCGGCGCGCGCGCGGCCCCCACGCAGCCCUCUCGCCGGCGACCCGCACCGCGCCCCCCGGCCGCGCCCGGACCAUGAUGAAGCUCAAGUCGAACCAGACCCGCACCUACGACGGCGACGGCUACAAGAAGCGGGCCGCGUGCCUGUGCUUCCGCAGCGAGAGCGAGGAGGAGGUCCUGCUCGUGAGCAGUAGCCGCCAUCCAGACCGAUGGAUUGUCCCUGGAGGAGGCAUGGAGCCUGAGGAGGAGCCGAGCGUGGCGGCAGUCCGCGAAGUCUGUGAGGAGGCUGGAGUGAAAGGGACACUGGGAAGAUUAGUUGGAAUUUUUGAGAACCAGGAGAGAAAGCACAGGACAUAUGUGUAUGUGCUCAUUGUCACAGAAGUGCUGGAAGACUGGGAGGACUCGGUCAACAUUGGAAGGAAGCGGGAAUGGUUUAAAAUAGAAGACGCCAUGAAAGUGCUGCAGUACCACAAGCCCGUGCAGGCGUCCUACUUUGAGACGUUGCGGCAAGGCUACUCGGCCAACAACGGCACCCCAGUGGUGGCGCCCACCUACGCGGUCUCUUCCCAGAGCUCCAUGUCGGGCAUCAGAUGACUGAGGACUCCUGUCAGGGGAGGGGAACUAGACUGAAGUGCAGACCUUCCCUCUCCCGCUCGCCUCCUCCCGGCCUCCUCUCUCAGUAAGGCAUGACAGGCCGCAGAGAAAGGGUUCAUUGAUAUGUAGCUGUUUGGUGUUAAGUGAUGGGGCUUUUUCUUCUCUUUUUACCGAGGGGGGUGGGUGUGUAAUUUGUAAGUACUUUUGUGCAUGAUCUGUCCCUCCCUUCCACACCCCUGCACUUCUCGGGAGGGGAGCCCCGCGCCUUCCCUCUGCCUUGGAUCCGGAGAUGUUCCUGUUUGCAUCAUCCCAGACCUAGCCAGACAGACAUUUCUUUUUGAUUUUUAAUUUUUUUUUUUAAUUCAGAGAUACCAAGAGCAGAUGAAACCUUUCAAGAAUUUCUCCUAUGAUGUACUGUCUAAUAGGUUGGUGACUUUCCCUGCAGUAUCCAUUUAUCUACACAUUAUAUACUUGGAAUAUAAUAUGUAAAUAAAUGACAGAGAAGGAAUUUAAA